AAUCUCCUAGUUCGUUCUUUCCCCAGAUGAACGAAUCGCGCACGUCGCGUACCUGGCUAAGGAAACUUGUUCUCUGCUCCCCUUGCGUUCAGGUGUUUUUCUGACCUUCAUCCUCGAAUCACUUUUAAUCUUUACAUUUCUUUCCCGUUUAUUUACUUGAUCAUAGCCAAGCAAUAGACCAUAUUGAGUGCCGGGGGCGGGUGUGUGUGGUUAUCGCGUCGUGUGGUUCGACGUUCAUCGACUUUUUCCAAAAAGCGAGCCUCUCCUCAACUCGAAUCUCACGAGAGCGAACAACAAGACCUCUACCAGACGCCUUUCAAUCCUCCUUACUGGUAAAGGUCGUUCGAAGGUCAUCCGAAAAUGGCAAACCUUCGCCGCACCCACGUACUUUUCGUUGCAGCAACCAUUGUCCUCAUCUACAUCAUCUUCUUCUCUGGCCCGGAGACGACCGAUUUCCGCAAGGUCACCGAGUCAUCGUUGUCGUCUCGUCGAGGCAUUCUACGUGGCACUCUUUCAGAUUCGGAACUGACUGCACAAACGAAUCAGCUGUUGCAAAGGAUACUGGACAAAAAGAAUGAAGCUUUGAUCGCGGAUUCUGGUCGUGUAGAUCAUGUUCCAGGAACUGCCUCAAAUCCCAAGGAGAAUCCAAAACCAAAAUGGCCGCCCGUCGUCGAGAAGAUGGGGGAUGCGAACUCGAACACAGAAAGUCCUGCGGUAGUGGGAGAAACACCCUCUAAGCCCAAGCCCACAGAUGAUGGUCUGGAGAGAGCCAGAGAAGAACUCUACGAUAUCUUUCGAAAGAGUCCCAUCAUCAUAUUUUCCAAGUCCUACUGUCCAUAUUCGAAGCGUGCAAAAGAACUCCUACUCGAAACUUACACCAUCGUACCUAAACCGUAUGUGGUCGAACUUGACCUAAUGACGGAUCCGGUUCCUGUUUCAUACGAAGAUCACAUCACGCCUGCGCCCACACUUGGACGGACGUUGCAGGAUCUGCUCGCAAGGCUGACUAGCCGUAGAACGGUCCCAAACAUCAUGGUCAAUACUCAGAGUUUGGGUGGCAGCGACGAUAUUGCUAGCAUGCACGCAAAAGGCACACUGAUAGACGAGAUCAGAAAGUUGGGUGGCAAGCGGAUCGAGUCCAUCGCGAAGAACCACAAAGCUGAGGAUUAAGAUGCCUAGUGUGCUAGAUACUCAAACCAGACCUUGCGUUAGGGGCAAAAUGGCACCUACUCUUGAAGUGUAUGAUGAUCAACACGAGAUCAUGGUCAACAUGCACUACGUGGUCGCAAAAGGAGCAGAAUCAUGGGAGAAAAGCUAUGGCCGUUGCCAGUGCUGCAUAUGCUGGAUAUUACCUGGGACAUACGAAGAAAAUGCAGCCGGUUUCUCCUCUCAGCAGAUUUUCUUUUCACCGAGGUCGUACUUCCAGAGAUCUACAACUUGUUGGAUAUGACUCAAAUUUCGUCGACGCUAGACUUGAGGAACAACAAGAGACUCAAGUCUGAUCAACAAAUUGAAGGUAGAAAGAAACCCCAACAAGACCUCAUCUGGCAGGCCAUUACACAAUGGAAAGUCGUAACCUGUUCGGGGGAUAAGAUAGAAGUCACAGAUGUCUCUCUUGGAUCUAAGAGUACACACUCGUUUACUUGGACUUGUUACAGGAACAGAAUUGGUGGUCACAAUGAUUUGGAGGAAGAAAGGACACAACGGGUAGCGGAGGGGAUUUGGGCUUGUGUGCAUUACAUUCCUCUCGUCGCAUCAUCAUGAUUCAUGGACUAUGUACCCGAGAUUGCAAUGGGCUAUCCGAAGAUGGUUAUCAGAUGGUGUUUCUUACAAACCAAACACCCUGGUUCAUGCUAGGUGACUUUGUCUCAGUCUGUUCAUUUUCCACUUUCUAUCCCCCUGCUCAAGGAGGAUGCAGGAGUCAGUUGGUCAGUGGCGACCAAAGUUGGC